GUUAAUUCAAGUUUAUACUCUACUAAUCUUUCUCUCUCUCUCUCUCUUAUCUCCUUUCAAACACAUUGCUUUACCUCUCACACAUAUAAGUUAUAAAAUAAUAACACAUUACAUUACAUUAUUACAUAUAAGUCCUAGUCUUCUCUCUCUCUCUCUCUCUCUCUCUCUCUGAAGCUUUUUUUGUCAGUUUCUCGGAGUGGAAAAAUCCAAUGGCGAAAGAGCUUCUGCAACUUCCUGUGCCGGAGCUUCUUCUUCUUCCUCUUCUUCUCCUCCUCCUUCUUCUGCAGCGCUGUCGUUUUGCAGCUCUUUCGCUGAUGUCCGUGUCUCUCACAGUCACAUUGUGAUCUCUUCGAUCCAGUUUACUUGUCCUUGUUCAGAGAAAGGGAAUACCAAGUUUAUCUGAUGGAGCAAUACGACGUAUUAGAGCAAAUUGGGAAAGGGGCUUUUGGUUCUGCUCUUCUUGUGAGGCAUAAGCAUGAAAAGAAAAAGUACGUAUUGAAAAAGAUUCGCCUUGCUCGUCAGACUGAUAGGUCUCGCCGAUCUGCACACCAGGAGAUGGAGCUCAUUUCCAAAUUACGUAACCCAUUUAUUGUGGAGUACAAAGAUUCUUGGGUAGAGAAGGGUUGCUACGUAUGCAUUAUUAUAGGUUAUUGUGAAGGAGGAGACAUGGCAGAAGCUAUUAAGAAGGCCAAUGGCAUUCUUUUCCCUGAAGAGAAGCUCUGUAAGUGGCUUGUUCAACUCCUAAUGGCCGUUGAUUACUUGCACAUGAGUCAUAUUCUUCAUCGUGAUGUUAAGUGUUCAAAUAUAUUCUUGACAAAAGAUCAAGAUAUACGUCUAGGUGAUUUUGGACUUGCUAAAAUGUUGACCUCGGAUGAUCUUGCUCUGUCUGUUGUGGGCACACCCAGCUAUAUGUGCCCUGAGCUUCUUGCUGAUAUACCUUAUGGUUCAAAGUCAGAUAUUUGGUCUUUGGGAUGCUGUAUAUAUGAAAUGGCGUCUCUAAAACCUGCAUUUAAAGCAUUUGACAUACAAGCACUGAUUAACAAAAUUAACAAGUCCAUAGUGGCACCCCUUCCAACAAAGUACUCGAGUCAAUUUCGGGGUCUUGUUAAAAGCAUGCUGCGGAAAAAUCCAGAACUUAGGCCAAGUGCUGCAGAGCUGCUUGCCCAUCCAUACCUUCAGCCUUACGUUCUUCAGGUUCAUCUCAAACUCAAUGGCCCCAGACGUAGUUCUUUGACAGUCCAGAGGCCUCAAUCCAAUUACACGCGAAGAACAAGAUUUUCGGAGCCCGAAGUUCUCUCAUCCAAUUAUCGGGAGAAGCGACAUUCAUUCAGCAAUGACAGGACUUUGAAUCCAAGUAUAUCUGGAGGUGAGCAAGAUUCUCUUUGCUCUACCCAAGAAAUACAUGACAUUCAAAACAAUCUGAAUCAAAGGUUCACAGAAGUGUCCGUUGGAGACUCUCACAAAGAGCCAGCCACUUUUAGACGGCCAGUCACUUCCAAAACUCCAAAUAUAGCUAAGACUUCAAGGCUUACUUCAUCAAAAGCCUCUGCUACUCCUAAACGAUGGAGUGAGCCCCUAAAGAAACUUGCAUCGGUGCCUGGUUCACGGACUCCAAAGAAUUCUGUCUCAACAACUCGCAGAGCGUCAUUGCCAUUGCAAACAGGAAGCACUGCAACUCAACAAUCCCUAUACAGGCCUAAUGUUGGCAUCCUUCAAUAUAUACAAUCUCCUGACGUUUCUGUCAAUUCCCCUCGAAUCGAUAGGAUAGCCGAGUUUCCAUUGGCCUCGUAUGAAUACGGUGACCAUUCAAUCACCAAAGACAAAUGCACAAUUCAGAUCUCUGACAGAGCUUCCGAGAAGCCCAGAUUUUCGGAUGCAUGGCAGGGAAUUCAACGCAGCGUCUUUAAGGUAGGCAGGGAAUAUGGAAGUGAUGAAGGCUCUGAUCAAAAUGCAACUGCUGGGGCAUCAAGCCACACCUCAUCGGACUUGCGGCGGCGCCGGUUUGAUACCUCGUCGUACCAGCAAAGAGCUGAAGCUUUGGAGGGGUUGCUUGAAUUUAGCGCUAGAUUACUCCAACACGAAAGAUAUGAUGAGUUGGGGGUUUUGUUGAAGCCUUUCGGACCCGGAAAAGUCUCUCCUAGAGAAACUGCUAUUUGGUUGACCAAAAGCAUCAAGGAAAAUACAGUCAAGCAAGAGGAUUGACACCACUCUACUUGCUGCCACUUGUACCAUAAUUGUAAUUGCCACGAUUUAGGAUUCUAAAUUCCUAGUUACAAGUUUACUGAGUUCGGAACCAGACACUAUUAAUCACAGAUUAAGAUUCUCUGGUUUAUCAAAUGGGACAAGUUGAUAGAGAUUUCUAGAUAUUGUAUCUAACCGUCUAACUUCUGCAGUUUUG